GUAAUAAUGGUCAAUUUAUUUAUAAUAUGUCUUAGGUCUGCUAUGCGGGAUAAGAAAUUUGAACUAAAAUGUGUCCCAGCCUAUCUCUAAGGUGGCAAACUUAGGCAGAAAAUAAAACUCCUAAUCUUCUUAGUCAGUUCUGUUGAAUAUACCGUUAGGGCACUUGUGAUAAGCGGGUCACCACCACAUCUCACGAGUAAAAGAAACCCACAGGAAACAGUUGUGUGUGGCUCCAUCAGGAGUACUGGGGAUUAGAGAAACUGGAGGCCAACAGUCAUUGUCUGUGACAUUCUGGAGGAGUGCAGAAAAGCUCUUGACAGCUGAGAAUAGGGAACGAUUUUUUUUUUUUGUCAUUUGAUGGGUUACUUCUUACUGUCAUUAGUUUCAGCCUCCCAGGGUGAGCAGGCCCAUUUCACAUGCUGUUCAGCUUAUCUGGACCUACCCGUUCUGCACCUGGAAUAGACAGGGGCCAUUUUUUAAAGCACGGCAUGGAGACUGGAGGAGGUAAAGCUAAGAGGAAAUCAAUACCUGGGAAAUUGCUGCAGGAUCCUAACACCGUGUCCUUCAUCAGCGAAGGACUAGCAGUGAAAUAUAACUCUACCUGGCAUGUGCUUCACCCAGGGAGGUUUGGUCUACGCGCAUGUGACUCCAAAAUGCAGCAGCUCCAGCUGGAGAAGGUACCUGUGGUGGCCUGUACCUGGCCACAGACUGCAUUCACCCUGCAAUGAUGUAGGCUUAGGCAAAUAGAGAGCUAUCCAGCGGGCACUGCUGACCCCAAGUGAUGACCUCUGGGGGUAAUCCCAAAUUCACGUGCCCUGUGUUCUGGGGGCCAGCAGAAUGCCCACAGAACCGGCUGCAGGAGGAAGGAGAGGUGGGGAAGAGCUGGAAGGCUCUAGGAACAAAUCAAGAGAAACCCUAAAGGGAAAAAGCUGUUUGUUCCCUUUACAAAGAGAAUUUGUCAUUUGUUGUGCCAAAUUAUAAUUGCUGCUACUCCUAAAAUGAAGCUCCCAUGAAGAAUGCUUUCACGCUGCUUGCACGCGUACCUGCACGGGGCACGGAUCCACCUGGGCGACCACCCUGCUGGGAAACACUGACCACAGGAACAAAGAGCGUAGCUCCCAGUUCAACUACUUUCUGUGACACAGAUGGGUGCAGAACUGGCUCCAAACAGCACUGGAUCCUACUGCAGUCUGUAGCAGCUUCGUCCCGAGCAGUCAGCAGCCAGAGCCCCCAUGGCAGGACUCAAGCUGCCGGCAGCAGGGGGAUCACAGCCACCGCUGCUGCCCCAGGAGCGGCCUCGCUAGCCAAGGGAGAGCUGAAGGAUCCUGGCAGAGGAGCUCCAGAACUGACCCUUAUCGGCCCUGGGACGACACCAGGGCUAUGACGAAAGCUAGAACAGGAAAUGCUGUGGAAAGAAAAGCUGCUCUUUUUAUGCUAUUUAAGAACUCCUAAGCAGUAUCCACCCGACGGAGCCUGAAGGGGUUUUAGAAGUUUCUGCUGCCUCCCACAAUUAAUCUGGUCAUAAAGAGAGCUUUUUGUUGUGUGGGUUCUCUUUGGUCCAGCUGUGCAUGACAGGAACCCAGCCCAGGCAGAACAAGGAAACCCCUAGGACCAUGGAGUUUUAUAUAGCCUUCUUUGAUAGCGACUCACUUGAGAUAUGAAUGCAGAGCACAGCCCUCAUAAUCCAAGCUGGGCAGCAGGCAGCUAUAAACAAAUCAAUUAUAGGCAGACUCCCCUUAAUCAGAGAGAUAUUGCCCCGGGUCUUAGAGCAGCUCUGUGUAAGGCAACGGGCCAGGAAGAUAGAGAAUUAGCUCAAAAACAAGCUAUAGGAUAAUAUCUUGGAAUAGCAUUGGCUCUCAACUGGUUUAACAACGUGGUCUGAUUCAUCUGUUCAGCCAGUGUAGCACCAAGACUGGAAGAAAAAUAAGUCAUGCUGAAAAAUUGAUGCAGCCAGCCUCACACAUGAGAGAACAUGAACAGAUUGUUUCAAAAACACAGACAAAAAUCCCUUUCCAGUUGCAGAGAGCACGCAGCUGUGUGCACCAGUACAGUGGUUUUGGAAAGCCUGCUCCGUACUGCCUAGAAAGAGUCUUCUCUGGGGUUCGUGAGGAAGGAUGAGACACGUUUAUCACCUGACUUGUACAGCAGAUCAUCUCCCCAUUGACUGGCUGGUGUCACUUCUUACGGCUGGAAAGCUGGCAGCAGUUCUUGCUCUCUCUCCACGUGGUUGUUUCUGGAUUAUAUCAGAAGUCCCCUGGUCAGCUGCUCACUUCAGGGCCAGCUCCUGCUUUGGUCCCUUCAGUCCUUUUCCUUGAUUUCUCUGUGAAGUGGCCUGGCACUGAUGUGAUACCAAAUGGAAGGCGAGCCCUUGGAGCAUUCAAAGCAGGCAGAGCAAGAGGUGACAGUGCACAUCUGCCUAGGUAUAGAGCAGCUACUAUUUAAUUCCACGGCGUUAUCUGGUGUGCUGAGCUCCUUCGAGUCUUUCUGACCGUUGGCUUGCUGCUUACCAAGAGCACAUGGUUCGGAAGGCCACUGUUCCGCUAAGCAGCGAGCCAUAAUCACAGUGCUGAUUUCUCACCUCAGCAAUGGCAGAGACCAGUGCUGAACGCUCUGGCCCCCUGCGCACACCAGAUGCGGCAUCCUUCCCUGCAUUCUGCCUCUGCCAGCCGUAGCUGCGACGAGCUCCCUGGUGCAAGGUGAAGGCAUUCUGCAGCAGGCGGCUCUGAGUCAUCUCACCUGCUGAAACUUCUUUCCAGCACCAAGGCACGCAAGCCCCGAGAUGGGAAGGUCUGGGUCCCUCUGGGUCCCCAUCAAUUCUGGGCAUUAUAAAACCAACGCUAAAAAUCUGGCAGGUGGAACUCAUGCUGGCACCUCUUUUUUUUUUUUUUUUUUUUUUUUUAACUCCUCUGAACUGUCCCGCUCUUCCUGGCAUCACAGCUAUGUGUUCUUUUUAAUGGGGGUUUCAUUCUUUGUUCCAAGAAUGAAAACAGCUGCUGGUGCACGGAGCACCCCAGGGGAGACCCUUCCUUGCCUUUUUUCCAGAGCACACGAACAGAGCAGGGCUCCCCAGCUGCUCUGUGAGCUCGGUGCGAAGCUGUGAUGUUUGUGAGGGACUGAAGCAUGAAGUGCCCCGCUAAUGCUAGCAGGUGUGGGCAACAAAGGGGAAGGAGGAAAAUGCUGAUAAUCAAAGAAAGAAAAUAGCAAAGAGAUAAACCCUCCUGAGCAGGCAGCGUGAAAAAGUAUUAAUGGUUAACUUCCUUAUUGUGGGGUAGGAAGAAAAAAUGCAAUUGUAAAAGGAAAGAAGUUUACCCUGCAAAGCCAAUUUGUCAUUCACCCUGCCGGAUUAUCAUUGUUGUUAUUUGCUCUUCACUCUGUGAAGAAGGCAGAGAAAACACGCAAACACCCCUCAACUACAGCCACAGCCCCCUCCCCACAACCUCCCUGCAUGCGUCCUUGCUCACACAAAAAGAGAGGAUGCUAAGCGCAGCCUUUGAAAUCCAGGAGGAUAAUUGACUCUCUGACGUGUAGAAGCCCACGGGACUCCCGAGGGAGCACAGGUAUAAAAGGAGGAGCUGCACCUCCCUGGCAGCUAGAGGACAGCUGGGGGCACAUCCGCGUGUCCUCCCUGCUCAGCGGCUUCGCAGGGUCCUGCCCGGGUACCGGUGGAGGGGACGCAUCCAGCAGGGCUCUCAGAAGCAGCACUAGAGAAGUUGUAUCUGCGAGAGGGGAAGGGAACACCUCAGCAGGAGCCGAUCCAGGACGAGCCUGUGGUCUAAGGGAACGGUGAGUCCAAAGGGUGGAAGAUGCUGGAUAAGGCCACCCUGCUCCUGUUCCUGCACUUAGUUGCAUGCUCCAUCUCCUCUCCUCUCUACCCAGCUCUCAGGUACAGCCCACGGCCUGUUACUGGCAAGGCCAUGAACUUCCAGCUGCAGGACCGUGGCCCACUGCAGAGCCAUAACCCCUCAACAGAGGAACAGGACGAGGAGGGUUUGUUACCAGACCCUACUGAGAAAAGGAUGCAGCGCCACGCAGAUGCCAUAUUCACUGACAAUUACCGGAAAUUCCUGGGGCAGAUUUCUGCCCGCAAAUUCUUACAGACCAUCAUUGGCAAGCGGCUCAGAAACAGUGAGAGCAGCCCAGAAGAAGGGGUGCACGAGCUUCUGACGAGGCGCCAGUCCGACAGCAUCCUGAUGGACAGCCGCUACCACCAGCGGAUGGUACUGAGGGACUUCCUGGGAGCCAUUCUGCAGAAUCAAAGGCCUCGGGACGUAAACAGCAGCCAGUUAGAAGGGUUUCCCAACACCCUGGCUAAGCUCAUGUGAAUAUUUCUCCCUUUUUCAUCUCCCUGUGCUCUGAAUAACUCGGAGCUCAUGGAUCUAACUGUACAGUAAGCCAUUCACAGCCAUGAAGACAUUCCUGGAGGUGACCAGCUGGAACUGAAGCCUACAGUCCUCAAAUCCAUUUAAAGGAAUGCAAUUCUGAUGCACUACUUAAUUUACUUCAGUCUUUACAAUUUAAUUCCCCUCUCUAAACAUUGGUUUGUGUACUGAACCAGGAAAAAAAUACCUCUGUGGUUUAACCUCAGGCUGUUUUCUAUAUAAAGGCUAAAACAACGAGUACACUUGUAAUCCUGGAGACAUAUCGUCUACUAAUUAAGGCUUUCAAAUCAUGAAGUGCAGCAAAAUUUCUGCCAAGUCAUCAUUCUGUUUGAGGGCCUGAUUAAUAAAUAUGAGGCCACCAAAAGGCACCUUUUGGCAGUUUAGUGAACUGAUUACAGCCUCCUCCAAAAAGAUGCUGAUGGCACAACCACACACAGUUAGAGCAGGGUGAGGUAGCGCAUAAAUCCACCAGUCUACCCUCCAAACACCGCUGGGGGCUGUCACUGCCCAGCCCCUGGACAGAGCCCUGGCAGCAAACCUGGGCUCUAAAAAGCUCGGUGACGAGCAGUUACUGUUCAGCCCCGAGGUGUUUACGCUGAGCCUACAGCUUUGCUCAGCAAGAGCAAAAGGAGAGCCCUGUGCAUUAGAUUGGGCUGACACUGCUUUCAUUCAGUGUGCCAUCCAGGGGCUCUGAACGCCACCAUGGCUAGGGUUACAGCUGUCAACGUUCCCACUGCCACUUAGAAGAAGUUAUUAACCCAGUGAUCUCUCACAUAACUACUUCCUUCUCUGUCACCCCAAUUAUCCCAUUGUUCAUGUAAUAUUUCUGUCUUCAGAAAUGUAAAUAGUGUCAGGAUGGGGUACGCUUUCCCAUCAUUAGCAGGGAAUAAAAGUUGUUCUAAAUAAACCUGUCCAACAGCAGGUCAAGAUGGCUCUGUGUGUAUUGAGAUGUUAGUUUCUUGAUUCCAGGCACAGAAUGGAAAUGGAAGACGUUGCUCAAAGACAGCAGGAAGAACACAGAGGACAACUCAGAGCUGUGCUUACAAAGGCACUGGGUCCAGUGCCAGCCACUUAAAACCAGGCUGGAAAUACACCUGCAAACAUAUGAGGGCCUCUUAAAGUAUCCCUCACUGCACCCAAACAAUUCCUUGGCAAUUCACAGUAUUUACCAUCUCCUUUUUCCUCAGGUGAUCAUGUUAUAGUGCAGUAGGCUCCAGCACACAUGGAAAUGAGUUCAUACUUGCACCAAAUCCCUAUAGAUUACAUUCUCCCUGUUGAAGUUUUACAACUGUAGCACUACAGAAAUACUAUCAACUGCCCAGCAGGGGGGGGAAGCAACGGGGGGAUGCUGAGGUCCAUCAGUAAAGCCACGACAGCAGCAGUACACUAAUGGGUAAUCCACUACCCUUACGCAAGCAGAGAACUGUCACAGUGAGACAUAAGUCAUGCUUCUGCUUCGCAGUACAGCUGGACAGAGAAGCUGGAACAGAAGAAACAACCUGAAUGGGACUGCUUCCAAGUGGGUUUGUAAAGCUGUUGUCUAACACCAGCCACCGUGCCUGAAGCCAUUACAAAUUGCUCCAAGGAAAGGAACCCCCCUAUCCAAAAGCAUAUUCAUAAAUUAGAAAGUAAACAAGGCAGCAAAAAAAUUACAAGUGACAUGAAAGCUAUAUGCAGACACUACACUACAUUCAAUAGUUUUAAAUCAAAAGAUGUAUCAUAAAAUACUUUGGAAAUACCUAAGUCUGUAUGAUUAAACAGCUGAGUGACUGUACCUAUCUGGAAUAAAAGGAAUUCCUUUGAAAGCUCGGUUUGAAUAAAAAUGAGGAAGCAAAUGCUCAAACUCUGGGAGAUGAAAUGUUUAAAAAAAAGCAAAUCAGAAAGUGUCUUAAGAAUAAAGGGCCACGGGAAGGAAAAAACAUCCUUUCCUAACAUAUAGCCAAAAAAGGAAAAAAAACAGCAACAAGCAGAGCUCAAAGAAAAUGCAUCACAGAACUGCAUGAUUUUCUUUUUGCAUCUGUACUGUCAUUGGAGAACAUGCCAGAGAUCUGCUACAGGGAAAGUACUGGAGCAUCUGUCAUAGUGCGAGUAUCAACAGAUUAGUUAUAAAACAAAGUUAUAAAACAAAGCUGAUAGGUGUGCAGUAACAACAAAAAAAGGCUCAAAAACUCAGUGAAAAGGAAUUCCAGGGUAAAACAGUGUAAAUAGUAGCUUAACUAUUUCUUGCUUACAACUCCUUUAUUCCCAGAAGGCUCGAAUGCAGCAUGAGAUCAGUUCUUUGAAGGAGUGCAGAGGAGGUCAAGGGACUAGUUCAUCAAGCCUGUACGGUGUUCAGUACAGUGUUCACCACGAACAAACUGGUAGGAACUGGUAUUACAAAGAACAGAAACAGUGAGCUAAGUGUGAACAACUGCAGCGGGGAAGAGGCAACAGCUUUUGUAAAGUGGAGUCAUGUCUCACACAUGUGAGGUUCUUCGGAGGAAUUAGCUCCACACCCUUUAUCCACAUGCUUGCCGGUUGAUAUAAUUUCCUUGGAUUUCCAAAAGACAGUUUGUAAAGUUCCUUUGCCAAGAGGUCUUUAAAGAAACCCAUCUGACACGGGACGAACAGGAGCCAACACAGACGCAGGGGAGGGAGCCAGGAGCAACUGUGAAGUUUUCCAUGUGCAAGUUGUUCAUCAGGAGAACUCCCCAGAAAUCUGUGUUGUUCCUCCAAGCAUUCGUCUUUCCCCCUCCCCAACUCAUUAAUUUGUUGAUGACACAAAAUUACUAAAUACAGCUACGAAGUUCAGGGUUAUAAGGAGGAUGGUGGGCGAGAAGUACUGCAUAUGACAUCAGCCUGGAGACACUAGCCAAUGACAUAGAAUUAAAAGGCAUCGAACUCAUAUUUGGAGGUCACUUCCAGAGGCUGCCAUGAAAACAAACCCACCAGAAGGGCACCCCAAACCUACCAGGGCAGACACGCCAGGCACAAGGCCUACAAGGGCCAGAGCCCAAGGACUCCUCCUGUUUGAGCUCUGAGCACCCAUGGCAGCUCCACAUAGCCUGGCGCCAUCCUGAGUUGAGAGAACAGCAAUUAGCAGAGAAAUGCAAAUGACAGCAUCACAAACGAUGGGCAGAAGUGGGAAGCGCCCCCAAAUAAACACGUGCCUCUGGGAAAGGACAUGAAAGAAGAGGAACCUUUGCACCACAAUGACUAAUACACAAAAACUGCCCAGCCAAAAAGCUCUUUUCAUUUUCAUGUGAGCUCAACUUCCAGUCCGAGACUUUGAAACAGCCAAAACAAAACUCAGGACCAUUCUUUCCUCUUUAUUCACAAAUCACUUAGUAUGAGGAGAGGGUGCCUGGGGAAAGGUAGAAUUAUGUUUUCCUUUUUCUUCUUUUUCUAAAAGAAAUUCAAACAUCCCAGGUGAAGAAAAGGG